AUGUUGAGGGACGAGUCGAGCUGCAACACCUACAACUAUAGCGACGCCCUCUACUGGGACGCCCGCUACGUCCAAGAAGGUGGCUCCUUCGACUGGUACCAGCGCUACUCUUCCCUCUGCCCUUUCGUCCGCCACUUCAUCCCCAUCUCCUCUUCUGAUCUCAUGGUCGGCUGCGGCAAUGCCGGUAAUGAUGGAAAAAUGUUCUCUUUCCCAGUUAUGUCCGAGGACAUGGUCAAGGAUGGAUAUGAAGACAUAAUGAACAUUGACGUUUCAUCAGUGGCUAUCAACAUGAUGAUAAGCAAAUAUGAGCACAUACCUCAGCUGAAAUACAUGCAAAUGGAUGUUAGAGAUAUGAGUUUCUUCCCAGAUGAUUCGUUUGACGGUGUCAUUGAUAAAGAACUUUGUGCGGAUCUCUUGGGUUAUGAGCGGUCAAUUCAGAUCCGUUCAUGCAAAGCAAUUCCCUUGGAUUAAUCUACGUAUGUGAGCGGUCAAAUCAAAUCCGUUCAUGCAAAGCAAUUCCCUUAGAGUAAUCUACGAGUGAGUAUGUGUGUGUAUGAUAUGUAUAAUUUCCAAACUCAUGCAAAUACAUGCCAAAUUCGAGUUCGAGAUCGAGAUAAUUGCCUGUUUCUUGGCGUGCCCGGCGAGGAUUUGGAGAGCCAUGGAGGAGAUAGACUGUGGUGUGAGUGCUGAUCGAACGAAGCGGAGAGAAUGAACUCAAUGUUGAAAAGCCCUAAUGUUAGUAAUGAGCAGCUCGAAUUUUACUCAAUAAAAUUUAAUUCAAUUUCA